UGUUUGCAUCGUUAAAAUCAUCUCGUAUUUACUUGUAUGAAAAUUUCGUCAUUGACUAGUGCCGCUGAAUCGGAUGUUUUUGUUUUGAUUUGGAUUUUCCAUUUUGUGUGGUGUAUACGGAUUGGAUGUUUGAUGUGAAGUACCAAAGGUCACCGAUGUCAGGCCCGCAGUGAAUACCAUUUGGGAAGCAACAAAAGGGAAAAUUUGGAGUCUUGUAGAAUAAGUACAACAAUUUGUUCAACUGCAGGGAGGAUGAACCAACAUCAGCUGACAGAUCCAGUGCACCGCUAUGAGUCGGACAAGCGCGCUUGGGAGGACGCUAUUCGGGCCAACAAUGGUGCCGAUCCACUGGAUAUGUGGUUCAAUUAUAUCUGCUGGUUGGAACAGCACAAGAUUUUCGACAAAGAUGGUGGAUUUCGGAAAAUUUUAGAGACGUGUUUGUCAAAUUUCGAAAACUUCGAAAAUUAUAAACAGGAUGGGCGGAUGGUGAAACUCUGGAUGAAAUUUAUCGAUAUGCAGGCCAACCCUUUGAAUCUGUAUCAAUUUUUGUACAAGAAAAAUGUAGGCACUCAAUGCGCUUGCUUUUACAUUGGUUGGGCACAUUAUUACGAUGCAGCGAAUGCUUUCAAGCAAGCGGAAUCCAUUUACAACCUUGGCAUACAAGUAAAAGCCCAGCCAAUGGAAGAACUUCAGGAAGCACAAAACAAAUUUCGAUUGUCUAUAGCACAGCGGAUGUUAUACAACGAUGCAUCCUCCAAAAAACGAUCAGCAAACACGUUGGUUGAGCAAAGACAUCAGAUAACUUCCCUCAGUCCACCACAGAAAAAGUUUAAAACGGAUGCGGGAGAUUAUUACCAAUCCCAGCCUCAGCAACAACAUCAACAAAGACAGACUCAGACGCCUGUGCACACACAUCAACAGCAGCCGCAGCAAACACAGCCGCAACCACAAUCCCAAGUGCAGCCACAACAACAACAGCAACAACAGCAGCAGCAGCAAUCACAGCCACAAUUGCGACAACAACCGCCCCCUCAGCAGCUAAAACAACAAAACCUGCAACAACAUCAGCAGCAAAUACAACAGUCGCAUGUACAUUACAAUCACGCUGGUUAUUAUCAACAGGCGCAGUCACAUCAACCCGUUGUUGCCACCACUGCAGCGUCUUCCAGCUCUUCAAUCAGUGCUGAGCAGUAUUAUCAGCAGGACAAACAGAGUGUGACGUUCUACCAGCACGCCCAACAACACUAUCAAACACAGCAUCCGAUUCCUUCGCAAACUAACGUUCAAUCUCACCACCAUUCGAUUCCGCCGCAUAAUCCACAGCGGAUAAGCACAGCAAAUCAAGCCCAACUAUCGAUUCCAUUACAAAGUCAGAGCCUAACUCAGCAAUCAAAUACGCCGCAAAAUCAAAAUCAACCCCAGCAUUCGAUUCCAUUACAAAACCAGAAUCAAUCGCAAAAUUCACUUGCCCCGCAAAAUCAAAAUCAUCCAUCCCAGCAUACGAUUGCGCUCCAAAAUCAAAGUAAAUCGGUACAUCUGGAAGUUCAGCAUCCUCCAAGGCAACUUCAUAUUCCCCCACAGCGUCCAGCUCAAUAUACGCCAGUGCAAGUGCAACAAAAUUCCGUUCCCACUGCUCACCACACAGUGCACCAGGAAAUGGAAGCUAAAACCCCUACUUCUCAGCAACGUGUAUUAGUUCAGCUUGCUUCUCCAGCACAACAAUCACAGGCCUUAGUUCCCCCACAGGCCACAGAUGCGAUUCAAUCAAUUCAGCCGGUGCAACCUGUUCACAAGUCUGUUAUCGUGGAAAAUUACAGCCUAGAAAAUGACAGUUUAAUCGAGUGCAAUUUGAACAAUUCUGCAUACGUUAUAUCAUCUUCGUUGAACUAUGUGUACGAUGAUGCCAAUAUGACCGGUUACUCCAUCGAAGUGCAGAAGGAGGAAAAGAUUGAUCCGGUUGCUAUUCGAUUACCGGAGAACUACGCACGGGAGGCACGUUCGAACCAUGAGCGAUGGGAUGUACCGCUUUGCCUAGAAGAACCUUACGAUCCCAAUCGCAGGUGCUGCUAUCCGAAGGGAAUUGUGUAUCCUGACUUGCACACAGGAAAACCGACGAUGGAGUUCUCCAUCGAAGAGAUACGAGCUAGGAAGUGGUAUCGCCGAAAGGAGGAGCUCGAAGCACAGAAAAUAGCUAAACAGCUGCAGAUAGAGCAGGAAAAACAACGACAAGAACGGCAUAGACAGUUGCAGCUGCAAUAUCAGCAGCAAGUUGCCCAACAGGUGACGUUUAGCCACCAACAUCAGCAGCAGCAGCAUCCGCAAUCACAACCGCAACCGCAUCAGCCACCAAAUCAGCAACUGCACCCGCAACCGCCAUCACAGCAACAGCAACAAAUACAGCAUCCGCAAACGCAACCUCAACCGCUACAGCAUCCGCGCCAACAACAGCAACCGGUCCGGCAGCAACAGCAGCAGUAUCCACAAACGCAACCGCAACCGCAACGGCAACCGCAGUCGCAACCGCAACCGCAAUCGCAACAACAGCAGCAUCCGCAAACGCAACCGCAACCGUGCCAGCAACAGCAAACGGUUCCGCAACAACAGCAGCAGUAUCCGCAAACGCAACCGCAACGGCAACCGCAACAACAAUCGCAACCGCAACGGCAACCGCAACCGCAACAGCAACUGCAGCAACAUCAACAGCGAAAUUAUCAACAGCCAAAUCAGUUCCACCAUAUCGUGUACCAACAACCACCGCAACACCAACCAGCUCAUCAACAUCAGCAGUCGGUGCCUCAAAGCCCGGUUCCUGCUUCCCCAGUCCAGACAGUUUCGCCGGUUCAGCCAGCAGGUCAUUUCUAUCAGGCGCAACAGCAUCAAACUAAUCAACAUCAGCUGACAACACAAGCUGUACAUAUCCAAUCUACAGCUCGAUUAGCACAACAGUCUCCAGGUUUACCUUCGCAGUCACAUCCUGUUCACCAGUCGCAACAUCAAAACACAUUAUCAACUCAACAAACACAGCCCCCACCAUCGGUUCUGCAACCACCUCAACGUCCACCGGUUCAACCAUCUCGGCAUCCGCAAAUUCAGGCUGGACAACAUCCUCCGCUCCUAAAUCAUUUUCCCCACUACCGUCAACCGUAUCCUCAUCAACCCCAAUAUCCUCCUGCCUCAAGUACUAUACAGCAGCAGCAACAGCAGUCGACGACAAGACACGUUUCACCGGCUCAAUCACAUGUACCAUAUCCACAACAUUCGCCCUAUCAAACUAACCAUUACGGAAACUACAGCCAUCAAAGCUUCAACCAAAAUCAGCCUGUACAAAAUUCUGCGCCAGUGCAAACACAAUCUCCUAUCCGUUAUGCGCCACAAUCAGUUCAAUUGGAAAGAAAUCAACAAUCACCCUCAGUUCAACAGCAACCUCCUCCAGCUGCUCAUCAUGAACGUCCUUCUCCAGUGCACCAACAACCUCUUUCUGUUCCACUGCCAUCUUCUUCGGUUUCUCAGCAACCUCCUGCUUCCCAACCUCUCCCAGUCACAUCACACCACCAAUCACAACAAAAUAAUUCCUCACAAGUUAAUAUACGGUCACACACUCCCGCAAAAGCCCAAAGUCCAACAACGACGCCAGCUCCCAUCCAAACUGUGGUACCAGAGCCGGUGAAAUCUCAAUCGAACACGAUUGUUCAUCCUGCAAACCCACAAACGAUGACAAACAGUUCACCUAUACAGCUAGUACAAAAAACUCCACAGCAACAUGUGAAACCAUCUCCCAAGCCCAUCCAGCAACCUCCAGAGUCGAUCCAGAAACCUGUCAUUCAACCACCGCAGAAACCGAUUCCGGCUUCUUCUAACCAGCAACAAUCAGCCCGGACGUCUGCAUCAGUCAUCGCAACACCCACUGUUACUACUACUUCUACUUCUACUAGUGGCACUAGAAGCACUAGCAACAAAUUCAGUAAUUGCGACGAUUUCGAAGAACAAAUUGAAGCCUCCACGAUACGAUUCUCAACGUCGACAGAAAACGGCACCAGUAAAAGCAAAACCAUUACCAUUAAGUUUAAAAAGGAAAAAACAACGUAUACCGCGUCCAGUCCUAUUACCACACCCGCCAGUCAAUCAGUUCCAAGUUCAGCAACGGCCGUUCCUAGUUCCAGUUAUAGCUCCGGCGGGAGCGACCACACCAAAAAGUCUAAGAAAGUGCCUUCUGUAACGGCAUCUUCCACUCCAGUGGUUGUGACUGGUAGCCAUUCUUCACAGCGCUUGUUAAACACGACAAGUGCAACAAAGGAGAAAACAAAACCCAAAAGCAAGAAAGUCAAAUCAAGCGGAAGUGGUAAAGCUUCAGCUAAGUACGAUCCGGAUGCGACUUUAGUCCCAACGAAUCGCAUCAAUGAUGCUAAUUUGUUGCUUUCGCUUUCCGGAGAGAACGAGGAUUCGUCCCAUUCGUAUGCCUCCUCUCCUGGCAUAGGCAGGAAGAAAAAGAAGGGCAAAUCUAAAGUUCGUUAUAUUGAGGAUGAGGAGGAGGAGGAGGAGGAGGAAGAAGAUUUCAACCGACAAGAGGACCAAUAUAUUGAAACGGAUGAGGAAGAUUACGAUGAAGAUGAGGAAGAUGAUGACCUGGAAGAGAACGAUUCGUCGUACCAGUCGAAUUCGGAAUUCAACACAUCGAUCAGUAACAUUUCCUUUGCUGGUGAUAAUAGUAAUGGUGCGUUCAAUUUCGGUGGAAGUUCCUGUUCAACGCCGCUGAGGCACACUCUUACGUCCAGUGGAAUCUCGAAAACGUCAACGCCCGUUGGAUCAUUUAGAUAUCUUAAGAAGCACGUAUCGAAUUUAUCACUGUGCCAGAACGAGGACUCUAUGAACUCGACAGUCGUGGAGAAUAGCUACUUCCAAACGGAACACGACGAAGAAGCUAAGCGACGGAGGAAGGAAAAGGCUCUGGCGAUAAUUGAUACACACAUGACGAAACCAUUUCUCGAUCCGUUUAGCAGUGAGCUGUGUAAGGCGUUUCUCACUAAGAUUGAUUUUCCUUCAAGAGAGCAUACCGACGAUUACAAGCUUGUGAAUAAUAAUCUUCCAAAACUGCUGAAAUCGCAAAUGGCUUCCCUUGGGGGAACAACGUAUAAUAUAGAAAAGGAAGUCGGGAGAGGUUCGUACGGUUCGGUAUUCCGGGCGGUUAACUCUCAAACAGGUGCGGUUGUUGCGAUUAAAUAUCAGAAACCUGCAAACACUUGGGAGCUAUAUAUUUGUACCGAAGUGAGGAAAAGGAUUAAAAAUCCCAAUAUUCUCCCAGGUUUUAUGGAUAUUUGUUCAGCUGUGAUUGCACCGAACGCAAGCGUUUUGGUGUCGGAGUUUUCCCAAUAUGGUUCUCUGCUAGAUAUAAACAAUAAAAUUCGUACAGCGACUACUAAGGUGAUGCAUGAAUCGUUGGUUAUGCAUUUCAGUAGCCAGAUUUUGUCAAUAGUGGAUUACCUGCAUGGAUGUAACAUAAUUCACGCGGAUAUUAAGCCAGACAACUUUUUACUGAUGCAAAUCCCUUCCGUUGAGUCUGACGUUCCAACACUUCGGCUUAUAGAUUUUGGCUGCGCCAUUGACAUGAAUUUCUUCGAAAAGAAACGACAAUUCAAAAAGGUAAUUCAAACCGACGGAUUUACAUGUAUUGAGAUGCAAGAGGGUCGGCCGUGGUCGUUCCAAACCGAUCUUUUCUGUGUGGCUGGCACUGUUCACGUAAUGCUGUUUGGCGAGUACAUGCAGUUGACGAAAAAGUACGACUCAGACUGGGAUAUUAAACAGAAGUUUCCAAGAUAUCUUAAGAAACACGUCUGGACAGAGGUAUUCCAGAAGUUACUCAAUAUUAAGGACAUCAAUCAUAUGCCAAAGCUUAAAAUAUUGAAGGAGUUGAUAGAUGGCGAGGUGUUUAAUAUGGAAUCAGAACUGAUGAAACACAUCAGAACAUUGUCAAAUCUGUUGAAACGGCGCUAGACUUGUAUGGUAAGAAUUUGUGUUUGUUACGUUCCCAUUGGAUAUACGAGGAUAUAUGUAUUCCAAAAUUAUUGGAAAUAUUGUGUGGAUUAAAAAUGUACAUAGCGGAAAAAUAGUAGCGGGCCAAUUAGGGAAGGAGAAUCGAAAUAUUUAUAUCACAUAGUGCUUAUAUUGAUACGACUUCUUGGCUACAUGCACUACUUUAUGAACGACGAAGUUUUUCAAAAUCUAUUACGAAAUACCAUCAAAAAGAAAGCAGAAAAGUUCAACUAUGAUUGUGUAUGGAGCUUUACACUCCGUUAGAUAUAUAUUUAUGUUCACCUAUUGUUCGAUGAAAAUGGAACCUAAUGAGGAUGUACAUAAUUUGAAAGUACUGACAAUUUGUUCUCGUACAAUGAAUUUGGUAAAACGGUGAAAUAUCCUUUAUUUUAAUAUUUUCAUGAAAUCAGUUAUACACAAUGCGUAUCAAUAAGUUUGUUGAGUAAAAUCUAAAUUUUAGUUUUGUUUGUACCCAAAGAGUAUAAGUUUCGGAGAAAUAGUUGUACCGCUGGAGAAUCGAUUGUGAAUUACAACAAAAUGGUUUAUUGUAACAAUUGUAUCAUUUCCUAUAGAAUAUAGUGUGCCGUUGCAGCGCUGGAACGUAUUAAUAGUCAAACUUGUGCACAGUUGUAAUUCAAAGGAUAUACCACAGCAGAAUAUUUCUCCCUAUAAUUACAAACGCUAACCUUUUAGCAUACUGGAGAAUAAUAGAAGUAUGAUACACUGUCGUGUAUG